AUGGCAUGUAAAGUAAGAUUGCUGCCAAUCUUGCCCGUGAUUUGGACGAUUUUAUUUUCCGUCCAUGCUGAAGCAGUAGAGAGUAAGAAGAAUCUAACGGUGGCCGUGCUGCUGCCCUGGACGGGGACUUGGCCGAUCGGGCAGCGCAUGGGACCGGCGGCGGCCGUCGCUAUCGACGAUAUCAACAACAACGCCGCCCUUCUGCCGGACCACCACCUGGACUUCGUCUGGAAGGACACGGGAUGCUCGGCCAGGGAAGGGAUGGACGUCACCAUGGAGCUGUACGAAGAGUUAGGGGAGAAUCUUCGGGUCAUCAUCGGGCCAGGCUGCGAUGCCGUCUGCGGACCGAUCGGGGUGUUAGCAGCGUCGUGGAACGUACCAAUCGUGUCGUGGGGAUGUGCAUCGUCUCAUCUCAGCAACAAGGACGAGUACCCGACAUUUGUCAGGACUGUGGGACCCUUCACCAAGACCGGGGGACUCUUCGUGUCUCUUCUCAAGCACUUCGGUUGGACAAGGGCCGCCAUCUUGGCCUCAACACAACAAGUAUGGCAGACCACGUCACACGCCAUCAAGUUGGCCCUGGAGGAUGCCGGGAUAGCUGUUGCCUUCUUCCAGAGUUUCGACCCUGGGUACGUGCAGAUGACUGAACGGGAGAGGGCCAUGCACCACGACGCUCUGGAGACUGCGAAGCAGAAGGCUAGAAUCCUUAUCUUCUGUGCGGACGGCGGUGACGUGAGAGAGAUGCUGCUGAUGGCGGCAGACCUGGGCAUCGUGAAUGGGGACUACGUCUUCGUGGUCAUCAACUUCGCUCCGGACGCCAUGUUGGGGGAGAACACGUGGAUGGGUCGUGACGGAAGAGAUGAUGACGCCAGGAAAGUUUUCAACGGGCUGUUGAAUGUGCACGUCCACACGCCGCUACUGGAGGACUGGGAGGUGCUGGAGCGGGAAGUCAGGUACCGUAUGGCAGGGCCGCCGUUCAACCGGGGGAUGCAGCGGUAUGAAAAGGUUGACGUGUACGCCGCCAUGUUGUAUGACGCGGUGAUGCUGUACGCCAUGGCGCUGGAUGACGCGCUGAGGGAAGGCGAGUCGGAGGCCGACGGUGCUCGGGUUGCUCAACUCAUGAAAGGCAGGACAUUUGACGGUGUUGCAGGGGAGGUCUCCAUAGAUGAGUACGGGGACAGGAGCCCAAACUACGUCAUCCAAAACCUGCAGGGUAGUCGCUUUGAGGAUAUAGCUGAGUUUGCAACGGCAAAUAAGUCAUUGGAGAUGCGGGACGUGGACAUAGUGUGGGCCGGAGGGAAGACCUCUCCACCGAUCGACAGUCCGGAGUGUGGCUGGGACAACGACCUCUGCAUGGACGAUUCUUGUGAGUUCAUCCUCCUAUAG